AUGAAUAAUAACACAUGUAACAUCUUAACAAAUGAAACUCCAUCAGCUCAAUCAGAACUCUUACAGAAUGACACCUCUAAACAGCAAGAAAUCAACACUAAAUCAACAAAUGAGACAAUACCACACAAGGACAUCAACAAUCCACAUCCCACACAA